AUGCGGGCGCCGUGCCUGCUGGCGCGCCGCUCCACGCUGGCGGCCGGGCUGGCGCUGGCGGCCGCCGCCGCGCUGCUGCUCACGCUGUGGGCCGCCGCCGCCGACGACGCCUUCCUGCGCUCCGUGCUGGCCGGCGCGGGCGCCGCCUUCUCCGACGUCACGGGCGUCGGCGCCUCCGCCGACGGCAUCGCGUGCUACGAGCGCGGCGGCGCCGCCUCCGACGACGCCGCCCCCGGCUCCGUCUCCCCGACGGCGGACGAUUCGUGGGCACUGCCCGACGUGGGCGCGGAGCCGGCCGAGCACGCGGGAGCCGCCAUCUUCUUCCACGAGACGUCGUGCGCGUCGGCGACGGACGGCGAGGUGACGCUGACGCCGCGGCAGGCGUGCGCCGUGGAGUCGGCGGCGCGCGCCAACCCGCACCUGGCCGUCUACCUGCUGAUGGCGGCGGCGCCCGCGGCCGCCAACGCGUCGUGGUCGCGCGCGGCGCGCCAGCUGCGCCACUACGGCAACGUGCGGCUGCGCCGCGUCAGCCUGGAGCGCUACGUGCGCGGCACGCCGCUCGCCGGCUGGUACCGCGGCGGCGCGCUGCGAGCCUCGCGCUGGCCGCGCUCGCACGCCUCCGACGUGCUGCGCUUCCUCACGCUCUACAAGUUCGGCGGCACCUACCUCGACCUGGACGUCGUCGUCACCAGGUCGCUGGAGGGGAUGAGCAACUUCGCGGGCGCGGAGUCUGCGACGGACGUGGCGGCGGGGGUGCUCAACUUCUCGCCGGACGGCCGGGGCCACGCGCUCGCCGCCGCCUGCCUGGCCGACCUCAGCCAGCACUUCCGCGGCGACCAGUGGGGCCACAACGGGCCCGGCGUCAUCACCAGGGUGCUGAAGCGCGCCUGCAGCGCCAAGCAGGUGCGGGAGAUGACGCGGCAGGCGUGCGGCGGCUUCACGGUGCACCCGCCGUCCGCCUUCUACCCGAUCCCGUGGCGCGAGUGGCGCCUCUAUUUCGAGGAGCGGCACUCGAACCGCACGAUGGCGCGCCUGCGCAGAAGCUACGCCAUCCACGUGUGGAACAAGUUCAGCCAGGCGCGCAACGUGACCGUGGGCUCGCGGCAGCCCUACGGCCUGAUCGCGGAGCGCUUCUGCCCCAGGGUGUACGCCGCCAGCGGCAAAUUCUUCUAGCACCCGCCUUGCCAGCUGCCUUUCUUCUGCCCGCCCUCGUGGCACACGGUGGCCACUGUACAUAUCUCCGUCUCACCCGAGGACUUUCACUACCCUCCCUUAUCUCGAGGACUCUGUUGACCGACGUCGACAGCCUUCCGACCACAGCAACACUCAUACGCAGCGCACUCCGUGAAACAUUCCUCGUUUGUUGUCGCCUGCACUACGGCUGGGCGGACCUCCGCAGACUAUUCCCUCACUCUUUGACCAGUGCCCCGAUCACUACUCAGGUUACCAGACGCAUAUCACUACACGUCACGGGCGUCUCAUACACGACCGCCUGAUUCCUCCACACUUUUCACUUCCCGAAAAAAAACAUGUGGAAAGUAUUAUUUUUUCCAGCUGUGUUUGAAAUGUGCGUCUUUCUCAGAAGUAAAUCACGUUGUGAAAGGUCUUUGGACUGAAC